GAAAUUAUCAUUACGUCGAUAAUGAUAAUAAAACUUUAUUUAGGUUGUUUGAAGUUCCAAAAGAGAAGAUGGAUUUGGUUAAUAAUGCAGAUAGUGCAGUUCAAUCUUAUUGGACUCAUAUCCAUAAUGAUCAAAUUCAUGCUCCUCCAAAAUUUAAAGG